AUGCGCCGGCCGAGAGACGAUUCUGAGGAUGACGACAUUCCGCUUCACCACAAGAAGCCAUUUGGAUCCGGGCUGAAGCGUAAGAAGGUCGAGUUUGUUCGGGCGACAGAAUCUGACAAUGGCAUCGCAACAACCCCAAAGCCGCAAGCAGCUUCUGCCAUCGGAGACUUGUAUGCCAGCAUAGUUCUCAGCGAUGGGAAAGCGAAAUCUGCUUCAGCACCGCCAACAACAUCAAGCAGCCCGCAACCAGAAGCCAUACCCAAGGUCGAGCCGCCAACCUGCCCAAUUUGCUCUCUGCCCAUCACUACAUCGUUGAAGGAACAUGAAGCUUCGGUGGCACAUCAAGUGAGCCUACCUCACUCACAUCCACCGUCGGCACUGGACCGAUCAAGAAUGGGGCUGCGGGCCUUGGAGUCCCAAGGAUGGGAUCCAGAUGCAAGACGUGGUCUUGGCCGGGAGGGCGACGGAGUCAGAUACCCCAUUAAAACGAAGGCAAAGGAUGACACUCUGGGCAUCGGCGCUGCAGAAUUGCAGGAAAAACAGAAACAGGAACCCAAGGAGCCGCCGCCACGGAAACUGACUAGCAAGGAGCUCAAGGCCGCUGUGGCAAAGGAGAAACAAAGAGCGGAGAGACUACAAGCAGAAAUCUAUGGUCGGCUGGACGUGGACAGUUAUCUGAGACAAAAAAUGGACGACUAA